AUGCUGCUAUUCCAGCUACCCAAAACCAGAGAAGCUCAAGCUCAUCACUAUACUCCAUGGCUUCUAUCCUCCUCUGCUUCCUAGUCUCUGCUCUCGCCCUCAUCUCCUCCCCGCCGCCGGCGUUGUCGCAGAACCUCCCUCCCAUAGUUAACGGCCUCUCCUUCACUUUCUACAAGUCAAGCUGCCCUAAUCUGGAUUCCAUCGUUAGAGGCUUCCUCAAGAAAGAGUUCAAAAAAAACAUCGGCCUCGCUGCUGCUCUUCUACGCGUCCAUUUUCAUGACUGCUUCGUCCAGGGUUGCGACGCGUCGGUGCUACUUGACGGGUCGGCAAGCGGGCCGAGCGAGCAGGAAGCGCCGCCGAACUUGACGCUGAGGCCGGAGGCAUUCAAGGCCAUCAACGACCUCCGCGCUCUGAUCGACAGGAAAUGUGGCCGAGUCGUCUCCUGCGCCGACGUGGUCGCUCUUGCAGCAAGGGACUCUGUUUUCCUGGUAAUUUCUCUUUCUAUCUCUAGACCGCUAAUUUUUGCUUUUUCUGCUUUCAAGGCAUCAUAAUCUAUGAAUUGCGUU